UGAUUCGGGCCUAUGGACACGCUUGCACCUCGACGGUUCGCGCCGCAGCCGCAGCCGCAGCCACCGUCGAUGAAAAUCUUGUAUACGCGCGCGCAAACAAGGGUGGUUUUUCGAUAAAACAUUAACAUAUAACUACAUCCAUCAAGUAAUAUAUGUUUCGAGACGCGUUUUCUACGAAAUAUAGAAAGAAAUAGUGAAUUGUGCGAAGUGAAGUGACGCUUUGGUGCUUGAAUAUCGAGCGUCGCGGUGGCCGCUACGAGAGUUCUCUUGGAAGCCCAAACGGAAAUCUCUCACGAUAAUGGCGUACUUUCCGACGAUCCGUGCUUUUUUUUCACCGAGUCGCUUCGAUUCCCCCUGAUAUUACUACUGUGCUCAUAUUUAACUCGGCGUGCGUUCAAAUUCCAUGAAUUUGAAAGAGAAAUUUUGUCGAUAAUAAAAUUACGCUCGCAAUAAAGUGUGAGAACUUUCUAUACCUAUCUUAACAGUUUCUUCUUGUUCACCCUUGUAAUAUACUUAAUGUGUGCGUUUUUAGUUCGUAUCCUAAUAAGAGCAAGAAUUUCCUUUCGUAUAUUAUAGUGCCGCUGUCAGUGCAUCAGGCAAAAAAGACGUGGAUUAACAAUGGGCACGUUAAUGUCUGAAAGAGAGACUAUAAGAUAUUCUCUUGAGCCUGAAAUAGAGGCGAAGAGUCCUGCAGCAUAGACAUGGACUCGUACGAUUUGUUUGGUGAAGAUGUUAGUGGCUCGAUGCUUGAUGCUCUUCCUGACCUCGGGGGGAACGAUCAUUUUGACCCUGCAGGCACAACUAAUUCUGUGGUAGUAUCUAGAGAUGGUCCAAACGGUGGUGUUAAUGGAGGAGGGAGUUAUAUUAGUCAAUCUUAUAUAUCUCAAGAAUCUCCACUUCAAAAAUUAACUUCGUUUGGUGGAUCUGAUUUUGGAAGUGCUAAUCAAUUGCAAAAUCCAUCGCAACGCAACAUGUUUAAUCAAAAUCUUGGUACAUUUGACAAUGGUGCACCACAGCGUGCUAUGGUGCCUGGAGCAUUUCAAAAUCAAGCUCGAAAUAUGGCACCACAACAUAGAGGGCCUCAUCCUGGUAGUGGAGGACAAUAUCCUAAUUAUAAUGAUAACAUGUAUUCAAUGGAGCAACAGCAUUCAAUGACUAGAGCAAAUAUGUCUAUAGAUCCAAGUAUGCAAGGUUGGCCAGGUAGUGGCGGCGCUUAUCCACAAAUGCAGAGACAUUAUAAUCAGAUGGCACCACAACCUGGUACUUUCCGACAACAUAUACCUCCACAGUAUUCUCAUCAACAAGAUCAGAGUGGAGUGAUGAAUCAAAAAUUACAGCAACAACAACAUUUUAGUAAUCAGCAAAGUAUGAUAGGAAAUAUGGGUGUGCCACAUCAAGCAAUGCAAGCUGGUGGAACAGGUAGUGUUUAUCAACAUAUGGUUGGACAACAGCAGCAUUACCAGCAAGGAAGUUCUGUUACAAUGUAUCAAACAUCUCCUGGGUAUCCAGGCUUUGCCUCAGCUAUUCAUCAGCAGCAACAACAGCAGCAACAACAGCAGCAACAAACUCAACAACCACCACAAAGGAUGCCACAUCAUCAUCCGUCUCAUCCAACUCAUCAAACACAUCCUUCACAUCCUCAACAGUAUCCUCAACAUUCACAGCAUCCUAAUACACAACAGCAACAACCUAUAGACUCUCAAUAUUCUCAUCAUGCAACUUCAAUGUUCAAUCAACCUCAACAUUCUGGACCUACAACGCAAUUUGGCACAGCCAAACAUGCCACAAGUCCCCAAUAUCGUGCAGCUUUUCCACAGUUGUCACCGCAAAUGUCACCUAGACCUCAGAUGUCGCCGCGACCACCUGCAGUACAACAGCAAAUGUCUCCUAGACCUAUUAUGUCACCAGCUAAACCUAAUACAUUAUCUCCACAUCCACAUGUUCAACUUCCACAUCAACAGUCAAACCAACCUGGUACAAUGUCUGUGUCACCUUGUCCUCCAACUUCAAUGCAGAUGAAUCCAACAUCGCAACAAACUACUCUUCAAGCACUGGAGCAGAUGGUGAUUCCAGGUGCUACUGUAACAAAUUCGAAUGUUUCAAGUCAAGAUUAUAAUCAGUUUCAGACACGUCCAUCAAUGUCACAAACACCAAAUGUUUUAUCUCAGUCUACCGCACAAAAUUCUAUGUCACCAAUAACAGGUCCUAGAAUGCCAAUGCCAACCCAGUGGUCACAUCCACAACAACAGCAGCAACAAAUAAGGCCAAAUGUGAAUGAAGAUAGAAGUAUAGUAGAAACUCAACCUCCAGUAUCUGAACAAAGCCCAUCAAUGUUUCCAGUAACUGGAACAGAAACUAUUCAUAAUGUUGCAGAAACUACAGUUAGAGAUCCUACGGAUUCUGUUCAUAACACAAUAGAACCUUCAAAGUCAGAGAAUGAAACAUUACAUCAAAAUGUUCAAGAACAACAAGAUGUGCUUAACCAACAAGCUGAUACUUUGAUGCAAAAUAGUUCACAAAAUAAUUCGCCUUUAGAGCAUACAUCUGGGAAAAUAUCUCAGGAAACUGUACAAUCAUUACCAGCUUCUAGUACAAAUGGAAAUGUUGAUUGUUCAAGUAUUUCAACAAUAUCUCAACAACAAUUGACACAAAAUCAAGUUCAGACUCCUGUUUCUACUAUUGAGAAUCAGAAUACGUGUGAUAAGAAACCAAAUGAUCAACAUUUAGAGCUGACUCCAGUAAAUUGUCCAACUAAUAAUAAUGCAACUGCACACCCUCAACAACCUGCAGUUAGCAACCAAGCAGUGCAGCAGCAGCAGCACAAUCAACAGCAACCUAUCAGUUGUCCACAACAACCAGUACAACUUCAUAUGAAUCAGCCACAAGUAGUAUCAGCACAACAAUCUCCAGUACAGCCUCAACAGUCACUGCAGUCUUCACAACAGCCACAAAUAAGCCAAGUACAACAACCUCAAACAGCUCAACAAUCAUCUCCCCAACAACAAUUGCAACAAAUAAAUACUCCUCAACAGCAACCAUCGAUUACUCAGUCUCAACAAUCUUCAAUACCACAGCCACAAAUUUCACAACCUCAAUUGGUACAGCCACCACCACCACCUCAACCAACUUCAAGUUGUAUAAAUCAGGUUCAAUCAACACAGCAAUCUCAGCCACAUAUAACUUCGCAAGUCGGUAUAAUUCCUCAGAACGCACCAGUAGUUUCAUCUCAGCUGUCACAGGUACAGGCACCUUUACAAAAUUCAGCUCCUCAAAUACAAAACCAGCCUAAUCAAGUUCCACCUACACACCAACAACAAAUUCCUACAGUUAAUCAAAGCAAUAAUAUAGUAUUACCAUCUCAUCAAACUGCAGUAUCAGUGCCAAAUUCACAAACUCCUCACCAAGUGCAACAAAAUUUCACAGAAUAUACAAAUAUUCAAAAAAAUAACAUUUAUUCAAAUGAGAUGUUAGUGGGUUCUGGUCAACAGUAUCCCUCUGGUGGUGAUAUUGUUAGUGGUAGCACUAUGCCAAAUAUGUAUAACAUGCCACAAAAUCCAACAUCAACAGCAGUUACAUCUGCUGGUUUUGGUAAUUCAUGUGCUCCAGUUACACAUCACCAAGAAAAAGCUGCACUGCAACAGCAACUGCAAGAAUUAUAUUGUAUGCCCCCAGCAAGUGAGAAUCAAGAAAAAAUUGUUUCUAUACAAGAAAAAUUACAAGCUCUGCAACAACAUGAGACUAAUGAUCAGUGUACUGGUGGACCACAAUGCAUAUUGCAAACCCCAAUGUUUACAGCAGCAGCUGUUGUUGAUAGUCCACAGGUUUCAAGUACUACUGGUCGUGGUCGUAGUAAAGGCACACCUAGGGCUAAAAAGAGUAGGAAAAAAGCUGAUAAAGAAGCAAUUACUCCUGCAGCAGUUAGUCAGCAACAGCCAGAACAACCAUUAUCGGAUAACCAAGUAACUCCUGGAGACAGUAGCAAUAUUGUUGAUAGUGCAGCAGAUUCUGAGGAUAUUAAGCCAUCUUCUGGCGAUAUAGAAGAAGAAUGGAGUAAAGGCAGGAAGUCGCGGCCGCCUACCAGAAAACCGCGUAAACCAAAGGAGCCAAAGGAGCCAAAAGAACCAAAAGAGCCAAAAGAGCCGAAAGUUAAGAAAGAACCGAAACCACCAAAGGAAGCAAAAUCUCCAAAAGUACCAAGAAAGAGAAAUAAAGAUAAAGAUUCAACAAAACGUAAUAGAAAAAAAACUAAUCAUUCUGAAUCAGCUGAUGAUGAAGUUAUUCAAGAAAAUGAAGAAACUGCAGUCUCUGAUUCAAGUGCAAUUAAAGAAUCAGAAACAAAACCACCUGAACCAUCCAUCCAAAGUGAUCAGGAACAAGUACAUUCUUCAACUACUGAGCCAUUAGUAACUGAAACAAAAGAUCAAAAUAAACAAAAAGGAGACUCAGAGGAUAGUCCAGCAGACGAAAAGAAAGAAGAAAAUUCAGAUGUCGGCACAGUUACAGAAACUGCUACACCUAAUAAGAAAAAAGCUGCUGCUCGUAAAAGAUCGGUUGGGAAGGUUUCGUUAGGGAAAUCACCUAGAAGUUCGAAAAAACGAAAAAGUCGAAUUGCGCCUGAUUCUGACGGUGAAGAAUUAGCUGCAACGCCUCCGCCAUCACCAGAAGCUGGAGAUGAUAAUAAAAGGCGUUCAGCAAGAAAUACGCAUCGUAAGAAAUAUGUGGACGAUGUAAUGCUUAGAUUUUCAGAUGAUGAUGUACCUCUUCAGGAUGCUCAGCUUUCUAAAAAAGUAGAGGGUACAAAUACCGCAAAACCUGUUUCUGUCAAAAAAGAUAAUGAAGGUGGUGAAGUUGGGCCUAAUAAACCUAACUUUGUGUAUAUUAAUACAACAGAUGAAGAUUCCAUGGUUGUGCAACACAUAUUGUGUUCUCGCAUAGGGAAAAGAGAAGUCAAACCUACUGUUCCAGAAGUGAAAAUUGAGACAUCUGCUGAAAAAAAUGAUAAUAGUGCUCCCGAUACAAAGAAUAAAGAAGGGGAAAAUGAGUCAAAAGAAGAAAUAUCUGAAAAAGAAUCAGUCUCAGAAACGAGUAAUAAGGAUGAAGAUGAUACUGAGACUUCUGAAGAUAAAAGUAUCAAUGAUAUAAAAGAUAAAAGUAAAAGUGAAGGAACAAUUACAGAAUCUAAACAAGAAAAUGCAGUAGCAGAUGUGAAACCUCAAAUAGUAGAAGUUGAGGAAUAUUUUGUUAAAUAUAGAAAUUUUUCAUAUUUGCAUUGUGAAUGGAGGACUGAAGAAGAAUUGUACAAGGGCGAUAAAAGAAUUCAAGCCAAGCUGAAAAGAUUCAAGCAAAAACAACAACAAAACACUAAUAUCUUUGAAAAUACCGAGGAUGAUCCAUUUAAUCCAGAUUUUGUAGAAGUAGAUAGAGUGCUUGAUGAAGCAACACAUACUGAUCCAACAACUGGAGAAACUUUGAAACAUUAUUUAGUUAAAUGGCGAUCUCUUCAAUAUGAAGAUUCCACAUGGGAAUUAGAAGAAGAUGUUGAUCCAGAAAAAAUAGCUCAAUUUAUAAAGUUUAACAAAGUACCCCCUAAGGAUCAAUGGAAGCCCAAAAAGAAACCAAAUGCGUCAGCGUGGGUAAAAUUAGAGGAAUCACCAAUUUAUAAAAAUAAUAACAGUUUGCGACCGUAUCAAUUAGAAGGCCUUAAUUGGUUGCUUUUUUCGUGGUAUAAUGGACAUAAUUGCAUUCUUGCCGAUGAAAUGGGUUUAGGAAAAACAAUUCAGUCUUUGACAUUUGUGGAUGCAGUAUACAAGUAUGGCAUUCGUGGACCAUUUUUAAUAAUAGCUCCACUCUCAACCAUUCCAAAUUGGCAACGUGAAUUUGAAAGUUGGACGGAUAUGAAUGUUGUAGUAUAUCAUGGAUCUGCAGCAAGUCGAACUAUGCUUCAAGAAUAUGAAGUUUAUUAUAAAAAUGAAAAAGGACAACAAAUUAAAGAUUUGAUCAAAUUUAAUGUACUGAUAACUACAUUUGAAAUAAUUAUAACAGAUUUUAACGAAUUACGGGGCUAUAAUUGGAGACUCUGCGUUAUAGACGAAGCUCAUAGGCUAAAGAAUAGAAAUUGCAAAUUACUUGAAGGUCUUAGACAAUUAAAUUUAGAACAUAGAGUCCUUUUAUCUGGUACACCUUUACAAAAUAAUGUCAAUGAGCUUUUUUCAUUAUUAAAUUUUCUUGAACCAGUACAGUUUUCUAGUAGUGAAGCAUUCCUUAAAGAAUUUGGUAAUUUGAGUAGCGAAAGUGAAGUUCAUAAACUACAACUUCUCUUGAAGCCAAUGAUGCUACGUCGACUUAAGGAAGAUGUAGAGAAAUCGCUAGCUCCAAAGGAAGAAACAGUAGUUGAGGUGGAAUUAACAAAUAUACAAAAAAAAUAUUAUCGUGGCAUUCUUGAAAGGAAUUUCUCUUUCCUCGCAAAAGGAACCACAUCAGCUAACAUUCCGAAUCUCAUGAAUACAAUGAUGGAAUUAAGAAAGUGCUGUAUACAUCCAUUCCUACUUAAUGGUGCAGAAGAUCAAAUACAAUUGGAUUACAAAACUGGUGAAAAGGAAGAUUCAGAAGCUUAUUACCAUGCACUAGUAAAUAGCUCUGGAAAAAUGGUAUUAAUCGAUAAGUUACUGCCAAAACUCAAAGCCAGUGGUCAUAGAGUGUUAAUAUUUAGUCAGAUGGUGAAAUGUUUAGAUCUAUUGGAAGAUUAUUUAUUAUAUAAAAAGUAUCCGUAUGAAAGAAUUGAUGGUCGAAUUCGGGGAAAUUUAAGACAAGCUGCAAUUGAUCGUUAUAGUAAACCCGACUCCGACAGAUUCGUUUUUCUUCUUUGUACCAAAGCAGGAGGUCUUGGAAUUAAUCUUACAGCAGCAGAUACUGUUAUUAUAUAUGAUAGUGAUUGGAAUCCACAGAAUGAUUUACAGGCUCAAGCUCGAUGUCAUAGAAUUGGUCAACAAAAAAUGGUGAAAGUAUAUCGAUUACUUUGCCGAAAUACUUAUGAAAGGGAAAUGUUUGAUAAAGCUUCUUUGAAACUUGGAUUAGAUAAAGCAAUUUUGCAAUCUAUGAAUACAAGUCAAGGGGGCAAAGAUCCUAGCAAUAAACAGUUGACUAAGAAGGAAAUAGAAGACUUAUUAAAAAAGGGUGCUUAUGGUGCUAUUAUGGAUGACGAUAAUGCCGGAGAUAAAUUUUGUGAGGAAGAUAUAGAACAAAUACUUGAACGAAGAACACAAAUUAUUACGAUAGAAGCAGAGAAAGGAUCGACAUUUUCAAAAGCUAGUUUUGCAUGCUCAUCUAACAGAUCAGAUAUAAAUAUUGAUGACCCAGAUUUUUGGAAGAAAUGGGCAAAGAAAGCUGAGAUUGAUACAACAGAGAAAAAGGAAGAAGAUGAAUUAGUGAUAUCAGAACCAAGGCGAAGAACACAAAUCAAACGAUAUGGCCAUGACGAAUCUGUCGUUAUGUCAGAUCUUGAUAGUUCUGAUGAUAAUAGCGACGAUGAAACAAGUAGUGGGUUAACAGGUAAAAAGCGAAGAGAUAAGUUUGGUAAGAAGACACGGAAAUUCUGCGAUGAAUAUGUUCCUCGGGAAGGUGAAGUGGUAUAUGGAAGUUGGGCACGAAGCGAAUGCUUUAAGGUCGAGCGAGGCUUACUAACGUUUGGAUGGGGUCGAUGGGAAGAGAUUCUUCAACACAGUCAGUUUCGUCGAGGAUGGCGUGAAGUUGAUGUUGAAGAUUGUGCACGAGUCAUUUUACUCUAUUGUCUCCGUUACUAUCGCGGUGAUGAAAAAAUUCGUAACUUCAUCUGUGAUCUUAUUACGCCUGUAGAAAAUGGAGAAAAAAUCAAGACUGUGUGUGUUAAUACUAGUGGACGAAAUAACAGACAAAAGAAAAAAGGGCGAGUUAGAGAAGGUAGAGAAACACGGGGAUCAAUGAUCAAUGGAGGUCCAAAUGAUCCUAAUCAUUGGAGUAACGCUGAAAAGUAUGACGGAGACAUAUUUCUUGAAAGUAAUUACAGGAAACAUUUGAGUCGUCAUGCAAAUAAAGUACUGUUACGCGUCCGAAUGCUUUACUAUAUCAAACAUGAGAUUAUUGGAGACUUAGUCCAGCAUAUAUCUGAUGGCGUCCAUGUCAGUGCGUUGCGGAUAAACCCUCCACAGUUGACGGAACGGCCAGCGAAGUGGUGGGACUCCCAAGCAGACAAAUCCUUAAUAGUUGGCUGCUACAAACACGGCUACGAGAAUUACGACCAGAUGAGGAUUGAUCCCGCGCUUUCUUUCAUUACAAGCUGCCCUCCCCCUUCCCAGUCUCAGACCACACAAAAUAACAGCAGCAGUAGAGACGAUACUAGUUUAGAGAAUGACAUUGAAGAUGUUGAAUCUCUUGGAAUGAUAAAAGAUUCAAAAGAUGCUGAUAAAUUUAAUCGAGAAACACCUACUGAUUCACCUGCUUUACCUAAUAAGGCAGAUACACCUGGACCUGAACCUAGUAGUAGUCAUGAAGGAAAUGAUGGCUUAUUAGAUGAUGAAAAGACUUGGCCUUCCGUGGUCGAUCUUAAUACUCGUUUACGUCGAGUAAUUUCUUCCUAUCAGCGAAGUGUGAAAAAGGAAGAUGUAAAAGUAUUACAAAAAUCAAAGUCAGGGAUGGAAAAUGAUACAACUGUAAAUCAUGCUACUUCAAUGAAUGAGCCACCUUUAAAUAUGCAAGGAUGGGACUUACAACAACUUGCUAUGUAUCUUUUGAAAAUGGAAAGAAGAGAAAAGAUGGAAGCUAUGAUAAAAGAAAGAGAACGAACUCGUAUUGAAGAACAAAAGACAAAAUGGUCCCGUCGUGAGGAAAGUGAAUUUUUAAGAGUUGUAUCGACAUACGGUGUUAAUUAUGAUAGAAAAAAAGCACAGUACGAUUGGACUAAAUUUAAAAGUAUAGCUAGAUUUGAUAAGAAAACAGAUAAUGAUCUCACAGAUUAUUAUAUGUCCUUUAGAGCAAUGUGUAAAAAAGUAUGCAACGCUAAAUUGAAUGACGAAGAUGAUUUUUCAGACGUUCCUGUUGAUCAUCUUAGUCCGGCGAAAGCAAGACAAAUAUUAGAUCGCGUAGACCUUUUAAGCAAAAUACGCGAAGAAAUUUUAUCUCAUCCUCAUUUGGAGGAACGACUUUCAUUAUGUCAACCAUCAGGUGAUACACCUGAUUGGUGGCAACCUGGAAAACAUGAUAAAGAAUUAUUACUUGGUGCAGCAAAACAUGGUUUAGGAAGAACUGAUAUAACUAUUUUAAAUGACCCUGAUUUUUCAUUUCAUAAACUUUUAAAUAAAAAUAUGUAUAGUAAUAUUCAAGCGUCUAAAGUCUCGGAUAAAUCUGAGAAAGCAAUAAAAAUUGAAAAUAGAGAAGACAUAUUAAAAUUCGAUAAAGAUGAAAUACUUGUAAAAUUGGAAAAAGGUGAAGGUACUUUGAAAAUUGAAAAAGUGGGUGCAAAAAAAGAUAAGGAUAUAAAUAUCGCGGAAAAGCGAACAGAACAUACGGAUCUGGAAAAAAGCCAAGUCGAAUUAACUAUUAUAAAGGCUGAAAAUAAAACUGAAGAAAAACCUAUCAGUAAUGCAUUAACUAUUACAACCGUUGCAAGAAAUAUAUCAUCAGACAAGGAGUACACUACGAAAAUAAAAACUGAAGAAAAGAAUGAAGUAGUAAUAGAAUCAGUAAAAAAUGAAAUUUUUAAAACUGAUCAAAUAUCAGGAAUUAACAAAACAGAUGAAACAAAAACGAGUAAUGUCACAACGAGUAUCGAAGAAGCGACACCUAUAAAAAUAGAGAAAGAAAAUCAAAGCAAGGAAAAAGAAAUACCAGCAGAGACUGACAAAGAAGUUCAAGAAGAAAAGCCAAAAGAGUCUCAAACUCAAGAAACAAAUGAAAAAAAUUCAUUAGAACAAAAAGAGUCUGUAGAAAUAGUAGAAAAAUCAGCGGAAAAUAAUGAAAAUAUAACGGCAGAAAGUGAUAAAGUAAGUGCGAAAAUAGAUGCCCCAGUUGUUAAAGAGGAAAUAGAAGUACCAGAAAGUAAACUAGGGGAUACAAGCAAAGAUAAAGCAAAGGUGUGCAAAAUCGAGGAUAAGUGCAAUGUUCAAGCAGCAGAACUUAAAGCAAUGUUUCCCGAUUUGGAAGUUAUUCAACCGUUGUCACGAUUAACGCAAAUUGAUACAUUUGUUCUUCGUGACAAAACAGUAGAUUAUAACGAACCAACGGUUGUGCAACUUCUAUCGCACAAUAGUAACAGUACUAUCAAAUGGCCAAAGGAACAUGCAAUUGAAGCUCGUUUGAUGCAUAUCGUACAUGCAAUUGAACACAAAGAAUGGCCUGUGUCUAUAAAUUUUAGUGCUGGCGAUGAAUCAGAUGUACCUUCAAAUGAAAAAGAAUGUUCAGAGGUGAUAACUAUAACUACAGAUCAUGGUAUAUCACGCAAUACAACAACUGGAAAUAAUAUCUCACAAUCUAAAAAACGAAAGAGGCAUAUUGCUAUUGAUGUAGAAACUGAAAGGGCAAAACUUCAUGCAUUAUUAAAUAGUAGUAGCCAUACGGUUACUCAAUCUCCUGCGACUUUAAGUAAACCUACUGUAUUAUCUGGAUCUAAUACAUGGGAAAUAAAUGAUGAAUCACAAUCGGAAGAAUCGAGGCGUUCAACACCGGUUCAACCACCUCCAGCGCAUCAGCAAACACGAACACAAAAUAUACCCUUUGAUUUAAAAUAUACAGUUCCUGGAAAACCAACUGUAAUUCCUGGAACUUCGAGUACUUUGACUCCUAUAGAUUUAUCUGCUGGAUAUCCAAAAACAAAUACAGAUAAUAAUAAAGAUAUUAUGAACGAGGUUCAAGACUUUUCAAUGCCAAAUAAAAACAAACAAAUUAGUAGUAAUAAAGGGAAAUUAGAUAGUAUGUUAGACAAAUUGAUGAAGAGAAAGAACUGUCCAACGGAUGAACCUAUAAUUGGAAAGGAGAAAAAACGGAGAAAACUUGACGAAAUAGUACUAGGAUUAAGUGCAGCAAAAGAACAACAAAGUAGUCACUAUCCUGAACAUAGUAAAAAGAGUACAAUUACACCAAAUGUAACUGUUACUCCAACUUCAGCGCCGAUAGGGCUUCCAAAUCCUCCAACAAGUACUCAAAAACCGUUUUCCAUUACUGUUACUUCGAUUCCGUCUUCACGAGCAUCAAAUUCUACUUCUGGCUUACCGCCGCCAUCAUUACAUUCACAUAAAGAUAGUUUUUCUGCCUUACUUGUUCAAGCAGAGCAACAAAAUCGCGAAUUUAAAAAGCAGCAGCAGCAUCAACAACAAACUCAACAGCAACAACAGCAGCAGCAACAGCAACAACCAAAUUUCAAUUCAACGCAUUCAUCAUCAGCGAGCGGACACAAAAAGAGUUAUGAAGCGAUGAUUGCAGACAUUAAUAAAGUCGCUGAAUAUUCCUCUAAAAUCGGAUCCUAUUCUCAUGAGGCUAAAGUGAAUAAAUGGUUAGCUGAGCAAACUGCUAUGUCUGAACAAUUAGGUGCAGAAUAUUUAAACGCACCAAGACGACGGCGACCGCGUGUUGAUCCUUCUUUAUUAGAUUGGAAAAAAUUGACUGGAGAAGAGAAUGUCGCUGUAAUUAAUAGAUUAACAGGCAAAAAGGUUACAGGCAGUAAAGCACCACAAUUAAAGCGCUUAGGUCAAUGGUUGAUUGAGAACCCAAUGUUUGAUGUUGACCCAAAAUGGGCCGAACUUGUGAAAGAACGAGGAAAUCUUCCACAUGAUUUACAAAAAAGAUUGUCAGGAAAUGAUAGAAGUUAUGUUAAUAAGGGUAAAAGCCCAGGAAGACCUCCCAUGAUGCCAAGUCCUACUAGUCAGCAGUCCGCAAAUCAAGCUAAUUUAGCAGCUACAUCAAUGGCUUCAGGUUUAAACUUUCCUUCGCUGGGUAAUUUGAAUAACUCUCUUCUAUCAGGCCUCUCUCUUGGCAAUUUUGAUCCAAAGAACAAUCCUCUUUUAAUGCCAUUUGGUGGUUUACCCAAUCUGGGUGCAUUGAGUGGACUGGGCAAUUUGAGUAACCUGAGUAAUAUGAGUUUAACGAAUUCUUUAUUUGCGAAUCUUGCUGGUCUUGGUUUACCAUCUUUAGCAGGUAUGGAAGCUGCUUUAGGUGCGACAGCAACCAGUACAGCAGCUGAGACCAAUCCUGUUGUUAGUUCUGUCAGCAGCAAAAAUACAGGUUCUACUAAUAUUAGCAGUGUUAAUAAGUCAUCUCGUAAUAAAUUGGAGCCUCCUACAAGUAAAUCUUCGGUGCCUUCAACUUCAUCAGCAUCGUCUACGAUAUCAACAACGACACCAUUCCCCUUCUUUUUCCCAAACCCCAGUCUUUUAUACACACCGUUGGGUUUGGGUGGUUUGAAUCCAUUCUCAAUGCAACCUGGUGGAGUAUCGUCGGCCUACGAAAGUCUUGCCCAAUGUGGGCUUCUAAAUCCAUCCACUUCGAGUGCCUCAGCAGUGCGUAAACCAGCGUCUUCAGCAAGUAACUCGAGGCAACGUGAUACAAUUACCGAGUCAACGACUAAACGAAAGGAUGCAGAGAAGAAAUCCAGAUAUUCUAUCGAUCCAGCGAUAACAUUACAACAGUACACGGAUAUGACGUUACAUAAUGAAGAAAGACGUAGAAUAGAACCAGAAAAACGAGAAACCUUGGAACAAAAUGAUGUGGCAGAUCUUUCGGAAAGACGAACCGACAGGAAAAACAAAGAACAAGAAAUGAAAGAAGCCCUGGAGCAUUUAAGUAGAACUAGUGCAGAACUUUUAACAAGAAAUCUAGAAGAUCAACGACUGAGUGACAAAAGGAAUCGUAACAUAGAUCAUAAUCAAAGUUCAGAGCAACAAACUCCAAGUAUGCUUGAAGUAACUCUUGAACCUGUCAAUAAGAAGACAAGAAUUGAAAUUGAAGUUAGUACACGACCUGUGACAACUGCUGUAACAACUACGGUAACUUCAGCAGAUGUAACAACACUUGAUGUAGAACAUGGAACGCGACCAUCAAGUACAACAACUAAACAAAGUUCCGUUGAAGAGAAUAAUGUAUUCAGUGAAACAUCUUUGAGUACUAAUAAUAAAAAGGAAAUUGAUGAAACGGCUGCUACAGUAACAACAAGUAUCUCGACUACAGUUACAGUUACAGUUGCAUCUACUGUUACGCCUACAUCAACACCCACACGUACACCAACGCCUACACUUACACCUACAUCUACGCCUACAUCUACGCCUACAUCUACACCCACACCUACACCUACACCUAUAUCCAUAACUGCACCUACAUCUACAACAUCGAUAACAACAGCCCUGGAAGAUGCAACUACAUCACAACAAAGUACUACAAAUACUAAAAGCGAUGCGUCGAAACUUCCAUCAGAAAUAGAAGAAGAUAACAAAGGUACUAAAGGCAAGAAAGCACGAAGUGGAAAACGAUUAAGUGUAGAACCUCCUCCAGAAAGAAAAAAUCUUCGUUCUAGUGCGGGAAGACAAGCGAGGGCAGCAGCAGAACGGCAAGCAAGAAUGGAAGGUGAAUUGCAAUCAGAUCAACAAGACACUCACACAACGAGCGAGUGAAGUGAAUUUUUUUAAGUGGGUUUUAAAUAAUACUAGUGUUGUUAAUGAUCUUACGUUGUUGCGAUUAUUUUUGUUGCAAACUUCUGCAGUGUAUUCGCACAACGAUUCACAAAAAAUCAUCGAUUCAUAAACAUUUAUAUACAUGAAUGAAUCAAUGAAACGACAAUUCUUAAUUAAACAGAGCACAAGUGCAUUCAAAGAACUUGAAAGAACGAAAAGAAAACAUUUAUAAAAUUUGAUUUUUCCUUCCAAUUUAUAUGGAAAUAAUGGGAGAAAUACAAGUAAACCACAUACACAUUACCAUUGCUAUCAUUGUGAAUGUAUAACAUUGAAGCUGUUAAGUACGAAGGCUGGCAAUAGUAUUUUAUCAUUCGAUAUAUUGUGUGGUAAUUAACUUUUAAUUAUAUAACAUUACAAUAACAAAUUAUAAUUUUGUUAAAUUUAUUAUUCUUUACAAUCUUUAUUGGUUUUGACGAGGGACUGUUAUACAAUAACUGCUAUCUCAUUAUUGCGUAAACGCGCAACGGAUCAUUCAAAUAUAAGAUAUAAUCGUAAUGUAGUAAAGUAAAAUUAGUAAUAACUUAAUAAAAAAAAAAAACAGUGUAAAUAUUAUAUAAUUAUGCCUAGAGACUAUAAGUGAUUGUGUACUUGGAAAAAUGUAUAUAACACAGUGUACUUUUAAUUACAUUAGGUGAUACAAUAAACAGCUUUUUUUGUUGUUUGCAAAUGCCAACAUUAGAAA